GUGAUGCUGCAGAAGCUGGGCGAGGGCACCCGCAGCGGGUACGAGGGCGGCUGGCGGCAGUGGACCGCGUGCCGCGCUGCCCAAGGGCUGAGCCCGUGGCUCCAGGGCCGGGGCCGCGGCGAGCGGACCAGCGACGAGGACGCCUUGAUCGACUUCGUGGUCAUCAUGGCGGUGGCGCUGUCGCGGACCGAAGGGGCGGUGAAGCAGAAGCUGUUCGCCAUCAGGUACGCCCACCUGAUGGUCGGGCACGGCGACCCGCUGCUUCACCGGGGGCGGCUCUGGACGACCCUGGCCGGCCUGAGAAGGCUGCAGGGGCCCAGCAGCAGGCGGAAGAGGCCGGUCACCCCGCUGAUGCUGCUGUGGCUCAAGCAGCACAUCCAUGCAGAUGCGGGGUUGUCCCAGGCCGACGCUGCCACGCUGUUUGCCGCGGUGCUCCUCGCCUUCUCCUUCUUGCUGAGGGCGUCGGAGUACCUGGUGGUGGCGGGGAGGUCGUGGUCCGUCGACAGGGUGGUCCACGGAGAGGACAUCGAGGCGAGGCUCGAAGGGGGGCGCGUCGGCCAGUUCGCCCAGGCCGACGACUGCGUGCUGCAUAUCAAGGGCUCGAAGACGGACCAGUACAAUGUGGGGGCGGUGCGCAACCAGUACGCCACCCACUCAGCGCUGUGCCCCGUCGAGGCCCUGGCGGCUAUGCAGGCCCAGCACCCGCAGCGCUUCGACCACGGCGCGGAGGCGCGGCUGCCCCUGUUCCGGUGGGCCUCGGGCACUCCCGUGAAGCGCGAGGAGGUGCAGCACUUCCUCACGCUGGCGGGCCUGGCGGCAGGCCUCAAGCGUGAGGAGAUCGGCUCCCGCUCCCUGAGGAUCGGCGGUGCCACGGCUAUGUACCACGUCACGGACGACCUCGCCAAGGUUCAGAGGUACGGGAGAUGGGCGUCGGACUCGUUCCACGCCUACCUCUGGGAGUCGCACGAGCCGCAGCGCGACGUAGCCAGGCGCAUGGCCAACGACCACUCGGAGCUGACGACGCCAGCAGCGAAGCCCCAGGAGGGAGCCGCCGGCGCUAGCGCCAAGCGUGCCCCCCCCAGGGGCUUGUCGGCCCUUGGGGCCGCAGCGGCGGCCGCGGCCGCACUGGGACAGGCUGCGGCGGCCAGCCAAGAGCUGGCUGUGGUGGAGGAGGACAAGAAGCGCGUCAGCGUGCGCCUGGCGGCAGACGGGGAGGACAUCACCAUCGCGAUCCCCUUGGAGAUCAUGGUGGAGGUCAUCGUCUCGCUGGUGGUGGUGCUGGCUACGACGUUGGCGAUGGCCUGGCACUGCUGGUGCAGCCCGAGGCGGGGCCGCCGGCCCCAGGGCUCGAGCGGGGCGCCGAAGGAGACGAUGGAGGGCGACAGGAGGACGGGCAAGAAGCCCAAGAAGAUCUACUGCGACGCGGGGAUCCAGGGGCCGGUGCACUACAGCGGCACCCGCUACCUCCACAAGAACCAGGGCUUCCAGCGCGGGGGCGAGGUCACGCGCGAGGUGGCCGCCAAGCCGCACCUCGGCUGA